AUGCCUACCCGUCUUCCUCCCGCCGAGAAGCUCCCCCUCGCCGUCCGAAAGAACAUUCGGGACGAGUGGGAUGCCAAGAAGGCAGACCUGGAGAAAAACCUCAGUGAAGCCCUCGGAACUGAGUGGACCAUAGAGGCCGAUCCCUUGGCCAUCUACCCUUAUGCUACCAGUGACUGGGGCAAGAACUCUAUCGGCAGCGUCCUCCACCAGUACUUCUCCAGCGCCAUUGACUACCUGAAGGACUUCGCCAACAAGCACGGCGAGCAAGGCGUCUCCGAAAUCAACACCCUCAUCCCCGCCCACGCCAUCACCAUGGACUUCGACGAAGCCGGCGCCAACACCUACUGCGGCUGCGACAUCACAGACGGCAAGCUCCGCAUCCUGUUCUCCGAGACCUAUCUGGGCACCAACAUCAGCGACGCCGUGGGCUACUACACCUUCGAAAAGGCGCUCAACAAGGCGGAGCAGGCCGAGGACGCCACGCUGAACUUCUUCGCGCGGAAGGGUAUCCGCGAGGUCGAGCCCGAGAUCGAGAAGUUGACGAAGGAGGUGCAGACGAUUCUCAACAAUGAGAACUUGAAGCUGAACCCUAACUGGGUGGCCGUGUUUGAUAAGUUGAAGAGCAGCAAGAUGGAUAGGGAUGAUUGGGAUUCGAACUUGGGAUCGUUCUUGAAGUACUACUUCGAGGGGCUCGUGAGCCAGUUGAAGUAUCAGAAGUUUGAUGGGGAUGACAUGUUGCAGGAGGGAUUCAAUGAGGUGGUUGAGAAGGGGGAGAUUGCGUUCAGGGUGGUGGAUAAGUUGGAGAAGUCCAAUUAUAACGAGUGCGUGAUUGAGGAUGGAGUUCUCUAUCUCCAGACCGUCCCGAACUAUUUCGGCACCAACGCCAGUGAUGCUGCCACUGGCCUUUUGGAUCUCUUGUAA